AUGCUGAACACCAGCCAGGAGCUGCACACCAGGCAGGAGCUGAACAGCCUGCAUGGCAUUUAUAUCGGUACAGAGUGCUUGGUUGCUGUCUCUGCCACUUUGGGAAACAUCCUGGUCAUCUGGGUGGUGAAGAUGAACUCGGCGUUUCAGAACACGACUCUGCACUUCAUUGGUUCUCUGGCGCUGGCUGACAUCGCGAUGGGGAUCCUCGUCAUGCCCCUGGCCAUCGUGGUGAGCCUAGGCAUCAGCACCCACUUCUACACCUGCCUGGCCAUGUGCUGCCUGAUGGUGGCUUUCAGUAACGUGUCCAUCCUCUCCCUCCUGGCCAUCGCCAUUGACAGGUACCUGCGAGUGAAGCUGCCAACCAGAUAUAAAAUAAUCACUACAGAGAAAAGAGUUUGGUGGGCACUGGGUUUGUGCUGGUUUCUGUCCCUGCUCAUAGGAUUAGUCCCCAUGUUUGGGUGGAACAAGGCAGAAGCAAGAACGUCAGAGUUUCUCAGGUGUCAGUUUCUCUCUGUGAUCAGGAUGGAUUACAUGGUAUAUCUUACAUUCUUCACAUGGACCCUUGUCCCUCUGCUUGUCAUGCGUGCUCUGUACAUUAAAAUCUUCUACAUCAUCCGGACAAAGCUGAGUCAAGGUACAACCAGCACGAGAGGGACAGGAGGGUUUUAUGGACGGGAAUUCAAGACAGCCAAAUCUCUAGCACUUGUUCUCUUCCUGUUUGCAAUAUCCUGGUUGCCUCUGUGCGUUAUAAACUGUGUCUCCUAUUUUUACCCCAAGUCUCAGAUCCCCGAGGUUUUGAUGUACUUGGGUAUCCUGUUAUCCCAUGCCAAUUCUGCCAUGAACCCCAUUGUCUAUGCUUGCAAGAUAAAGAAGUUCAAGAACACAUACCUUUUAAUUUUAAGGACGUAUAUCCUGUGCAAAAAAGCUAGAGCCAGCUCUGACAGAGCAAACAACAGAACAACAGUCAUAAAUCAAGAAGUGCUGACCUGCCGGUAUACACCAGACCACUGA